AUGAGUGAUCCGAAUCGGAAACCCGAAUCCAUGACCCGACCCGUCGGAGGAACCGAAUACAGCUGGUGCAGAGCGAUUACCGGCGGUACAGGAAUCGCCGUCAUAGCUCUCUUACUUUCCUCAACACCAAAACUCCGAAAUCUCCAGAACACACUCGAUAAACUCCAGAUUCACCAUCCUACACUCCGUUCAAACCUCCGCUUCGACGCAUCGGCGAACUCCUUCUCCUUCGUAACCUCCGCCGACGAUUCACGCGUCCAAAUCAAUCCCUUCGAUUCCGAAUCCACGGCUCAGAUCAUCCGAGAAAGCGACGAUCCCUCCGCGGAACCGCACAGGAUCAUCUUAGAACACGAGCUCAACAAAAACACAUGGAUCGAUCCACACCGUUGGGAGAACGGCGAGUCCGGAGUGUUCUUCGUCAGUCUCUACGAUCUAACCGACGGCGAAGGAAGGAGGAUACUGACGUUUCGGCUUAACACGGGAGCGUGCGAUCGGACUUCCGCGGUUACGCUUUUAAGAGAGUUUAUGAAAGAGACGGCGGCGACGGGUGAUGGAUGCGGAAAAGGCGAAGUGACGGUGGCGGAGACGACGGUGGGGUUAGGUAAGGCGAUAGAGGAUCUGAUUCCGAGUGGGAAAGGGGAUAAACCGUUUUGGGCGCGUGGAAUCGACGUGCUUGGAUACUCACUGAACGCGUUUCGGUUCGCGAAUUUGAGAUUCGUGAACGCAGAGGACUCGAAUCGGAGGUCUCAAGUGGUGAGGUUGAAACUGGAGAAAGAUCAGACUAUGAAACUUGUGGCUGGAUGCAAGGCAAGAAGGGUAAAGCUAUGGGCGGCAAUAGCUGCGGCGGGGCUAAUCUCUGCGUAUUCGUCUAAGAAUUUACCGCAAAACCAUGGGGAGAAAUACGCCGUGGUGACGCUUUCGGACUGUCGUUCCAUUCUUGAACCUUCUCUUACUCCCAAUGACUUUGGUUUCUACCACUCAGGUAUCCUUCACACACACGACAUAACCGGAGAGGAAAAGCUCUGGGACUUAGCCAAACGAUGCUACGACUCGUUCACUUCAGCAAAGAACUCCAACAAGCAGUUUACAGACAUGUCGGAUCUCAAUUUCUUAAUGUGCAAAGCCAUAGAGAAUCCUAACCUCACACCUUCCUCGUCUCUAAGAACCGCAUUCAUCUCCAUUUUCGAAGAUCCCGUGAUCGACGAGUAUACAGAACCCGCAUUGGCUUCAGUCGGGGUGCAAGAUUACAUCGGCUGCGCGUCUAUCCACGGAGUUGGACCGUCGAUCGCGGUUUUCGAUUCGCUUAGAGAUGGAAAACUGGACUGUGCGUUCGUGUAUCCAUCGCCGUUGCAUUCGAGAGAGCAAAUGGACGGUCUUAUUCAACAUAUGAAAUCUAUUCUUUUGGAAGGAUCUUCAUCUUCCUUUUAA